AUGGCCGGCGCCGGACCCGGGAGGCGGAGCAGGUUCGCCGCGACGUGCGCGCUGCUGCGGCAGUACAUGAGGGAGAAGGAGAGUCAGCGCCAGGUGCGCAUAGGGAACCUCGCCCGCGUGCUCCAGGCGCCACCGCCGACCCCGGUGGCGCCCCAGGAGAGCGACGAGAGGACCAUGCAGCUCUUCCCCGUCCCCGUGCACGCUACCGCUGCCAUGGCUCAGCCGCCAGCCUACCAGGAGAGGCCGGAAGCGGCGGGGAAGACUCCCAUGACCAUCUUCUACGGGGGCCAGGUAAUGUUGUUCGACCACAUCCCCGCGGAGAAGGCCAACGAGGUGAUGCACAUGGCGGGGUCGUCGGUGAACGCCCCGCCGGCGGAGAAGGUAGUGGUGGACGUGCCGGAGGCCAGCGAGCCAUCGGCGGGGGUCGACCAGCAAACCAUUGCAAGGAAGGCGUCGCUGCAGAGGUUCCUCCAGAAGAGGAAGCGCAGGAUCGGCGGCAACAACCCUGAUGACCACAACGAGGACGCGGCGCCGGCCAAGAAGAUGGACGCCGGAGGGAACGGCAAGCGCAUGGAGGACGUGCCUGAUGCCCUGUGGCUCAGGCUCUGA